ACGUGUGCGGGGGGCGGUGCUGCCAGGGCUGGAGCCAGGCGCCCGGCUCGCAGAGGUGCACCAAGCCUAACUGUGCACCACCAUGCCAAAAUGGAGGGAUGUGUCUACGACCUCAGCUGUGUGUGUGCAAACCAGGGACAAAAGGUAACUCCUGUGAGAAAACUGUCAUGCAAGAUACUUCAUCUGUUGGAGGUCGGGGUCCUGUGGGUCCCCCGUGGCCCAUACCUCAGCAAUCUGCUCAACAGACUUUCUCUAAGAAGGUUGUGCUUCCGCAAAAAGUCGGUCCAAUGGCUCAAAUGGCCUUCACACUCAAGCAGAAGCCACCUGUUGGAUUACCUCAGCAAAUGAAACCACAAAUGAUUCCCCUUUCAUCUCAGACGUUGAUGAUGAAUCUUCAUCAUGGUCAAACACAGGAAUAUGUGAUCAAGCCCAAAUAUUAUCCAGUAAAAAAAGUGAUUUCAGGAGAACAAUCCACUGAGGGUUCAUUGCCUCUAAGAAUGGGCCAGGAUCAACUUACAUCACCUUUCCAGUUGGGAAAUCACACUGGGCGCAUCAAGGUGGUCUUUACACCCAGCAUCUGUAAAGUGACUUGUACUAAGGGCAAUUGUCAGAACAACUGUGAGAAGGGAAAUACCACCACCCUCAUUAGUGAAAAUGGUCACGCUGCUGACACUCUGACAGCCACUAACUUCCGAGUAGUUAUUUGUCACCUUCCGUGCAUGAAUGGAGGCCAGUGCAGCUCUCGAGAUAAAUGCCAGUGCCCUCCUAAUUAUACUGGUAAACUCUGUCAGAUCCCAGUUCAGAGUGCCAAUGGUGCAAAACUUUACCAUCAUCCGCAGCAGGCAAAUAAAGCCAUAGGAUCUCAUGUCAUCCAUUCUACGCAUACUUUACCACUGACUAUGUCUGGCCAGCAAGGAGUAAAAGUGAAGUUCCCUCCUAACAUAGUAAAUAUCCAUGUGAAACAUCCCCCUGAAGCCUCAGUACAGAUCCAUCAAGUGUCAAGGAUUGAUAGCACAUCAACAGGACAGAAAGUAAAAGUAUCCCAGCCCGGACAUCCCCAGGUCCCUUAUCAAGGUCUUCCAUACCAGAAGACCCAGAAAGGACAUAUUUCUUACUCAAGUCAGCAACCCAUUCCUCACGUGUUUCCUGCUUCUGCUAAAACUCAGCUUGGGCGCUGCUUCCAGGAGACUAUUGGAACACAGUGUGGCAAAGCCCUCCCUGGUCUUUCAAAGCAAGAAGACUGCUGUGGAACUGUGGGUACUUCCUGGGGCUUUAAUAAAUGUCACAAAUGUCCCAAGAAGCCAUCUUAUCCAGGAUAUGGUCAAAUGCUGGAAUGCCCUCAAGGUUACAAGAGGAUCAAUGCUACCUUUUGUCAGGACAUUAAUGAAUGCUUGCUGCAAGGGGUAUGCCCUAAUGGGGAGUGCUUGAAUACGAUGGGCAGCUACAGAUGUACUUGCAAAAUGGGAUUUGUUCCAGAUCUUACUCUUUCAAGAUGCAUACCUGAUAAUCCUUUGGUCUCUGAAGAGAAAGGGCCCUGUUACCGGUUUGUCAGUGCAGGAAAGCAGUGCAUGCACCCUCUCUCUGUUCAGCUCAGCAAGCAGCUCUGCUGUUGCAGUGUUGGCAAGGCCUGGGGCCCACACUGUGAGAAAUGUCCCCUUCCAGGAACAGCUGCUUUUAAGGAUAUCUGCCCUGGUGGAAUGGGUUAUACGGUUUCUGGCUCUCACAGAAACAAGCUAUAUCAUCACCCUGCAGUUAGAGUACAGCCACCUGUCAUUGGCAAGACCCAGAUUACUCAGCCUGUUGCUAAAGGUACUUCUCCUCCACCUCUCCCAGCAAAGGAAGAGCCAGUGGAGGCACUGAGCUUCUCACAGAAAAGUGAGCCUGAGGUGGCUGUGCAAGAAGUGACAACUGCAGCCCCUGAGCAGGAAUUAGCUUCACUUGAUGAUCAAGAAAAAACUAUACUAGAGCCUGGUCAGCCUCAGCUUUCUCCUGGAAUUUCAACAAUUAACCUGCAGCCACAGUUUCCAGCUGUGGUUGAGAGAACCUCCCCGCCCCUGCCUGUUGAAGUUGCUCCAGAAGUCUCUACAUCAAGUGCAAGUCAAGUGAUUGCACCUACUCAAGUUACAGAAAUCAAUGAAUGUACAGUGAACCCCGAUAUCUGUGGAGCAGGACACUGUGUUAAUUUGCCUGUGGGAUACACCUGCAUCUGCUACGAGGGCUACAAGCUUAAUGAACAACAGACAAAAUGUUCUGAUAUUAAUGAGUGUACUCAUACACCUCAUUUAUGCUCCCUUGGACGCUGUGAAAAUACAGAAGGAAGUUUCCUGUGUAUUUGCCAAGCAGGGUUCAUGGCUAAUGAAGAAGGAACAGACUGCAUUGAUUUCGAUGAAUGCUUGAGACCUCACACCUGUGGAGAAGGCUUUUGUAUAAAUACUAUUGGCUCGUAUAGAUGUGAAUAUUGUGACAGUGGAUACCGAAUGAAUAGAAGAGGUCAAUGUGAAGAUAUUGAUGAAUGCCUGAAUGAGAGUACUUGUCCAGAUGCACAGUGCAUUAACGCUCCUGGCUCGUAUCAGUGCGUUCCUUGCACAGAUGGAUUCAGAGGCUGGAAUGGACAAUGCCAUGAUAUAGAUGAAUGCCAGUAUGGCAGUUACUGUACAAAUGGACAUUGUGAAAACACUGAGGGAUCUUUCAGAUGUACUUGUAACUAUGGUUAUAAACUGUCUGCAGCAGAGGAUCAGUGUGAAGAUAUAAAUGAAUGUCAGCAAACAGCUCUGUGCACAAAUGGGCAUUGCAGAAACACAGAUGGGUCUUUCAGGUGUAUUUGCAAACCAGGUUACACACUAUCAUCUACGGGAGACCAGUGUGAAGAUGUUAAUGAAUGCUUCCAAGACAGUGAUAUUUGCCUUGGAGGAAACUGCAUGAAUACUGAUGGAUCUUAUGAGUGCAUUUGUCCAGAUGGCUUCCGGCAGAUGGCCAGCAGGGGUUGUCAAGAUAUCAAUGAAUGUGAAGAAUCUCAACUGUGUGUGCCUCAUGGGGAAUGCAUAAAUACAGGCGGUUCUUUCCACUGCACUUGUGAGCAGGGUUUUUCAGUUUCUACAGAUGGCCGAACAUGUGAAGAUGUUGAUGAAUGUGUUAACAGCACUGUAUGUGGCAAUCAUGGGUUCUGUGAAAAUACAGAUGGCUCCUACCGCUGCCUCUGUUACCAAGGGUAUCAGGACCCCCAGGAUGGGCAAGGGUGUGUCGAUGUGAACGAAUGUGAAAUGCUGAGUGGCGUAUGUGGUGAAGCCCUUUGUGACAAUGUAGAAGGUUCCUUCUUGUGUUUGUGUUCUGAUGACAACCAGGAGUAUGACCCAAUGACUGGACAGUGUCGCUUCCGUACCUCUCCAGAAUUACCGGUAGAUGCUGAUAAAUCUGAAAAUGAAAAGAAGGAAUGCUACUACAAUCUAAACGAUGCUAAUUUCUGCGAUAAUGUGCUGACAGCUAACGUUACCAAACAAGAAUGCUGCUGUACUUUGGGUGCUGGCUGGGGUGAUAACUGUGAAAUCUUCCCCUGCCCUGUCUUUGGAACUGCUGAAUUUACUGAUUUGUGUCCUGAAGGAAGAGGUUUCAUCCCCUCCGGUGAUUCAUCUUAUGGAGUCAUUGCACAGAAUUACAAAGAUGCAGAUGAAUGCCAGCUGUUUGGACAAGAGAUCUGUAAAAAUGGCUUCUGUUUGAAUACACAGCCAGGUUAUGAGUGUUACUGCAAACAAGGCACAUACUACGACCCUGUUAAACUCCAGUGCUUUGAUACUGAUGAAUGUCAAGACCCAGAUAGCUGUAUUGAUGGCCAGUGUGUUAACACUGAAGGAUCUUACAACUGUUUCUGUACACACCCAAUGGUUCUGGAUGCUUCAGAAAAGCGAUGUAUCAGACCAGCAGAUACAAGUGAACAAACUGAAGAAACUGAAGUCUUCCAGGACCUUUGCUGGCAAUAUCUGAGUGAUGAUUUUGUUUGUAGUCAACCUCUGGUGGGAAAGCAGACUACAUACACUGAGUGCUGCUGCUUAUAUGGUGAGGCCUGGGGCAUGCAGUGUGCCCUGUGUCCCAUGAAGGACUCAGAGGAUUAUGCCCAGCUGUGCAACAUUCAGUUUCCAGGAUCUCGGCGACCAUAUGGAGAAGAUGCUUUGAUCGACUUCGAAGAACAGUACACUCCAGAAACUAACCCGUACUUUGUUGAAGACCGUUUUCUAAACAGCUUUGAGGAAUUACAAGCAGAGGAAUGUGGCAUUUUGAAUGGAUGUGAAAAUGGCCGAUGCGUGAGAGUUCAGGAAGGUUAUACUUGUGACUGUUUUGAUGGCUACCACUUGGACAUGGCCAAAAUGACUUGUGUUGAUGUAAAUGAGUGCAACGAACUGAACAACAGAAUGUCUCUCUGCAAAAAUGCCAAGUGUAUUAAUACAGAAGGUUCGUACAAGUGUUUGUGUCUGCCAGGCUAUGUACCUUCGGACAAGCCAAACUACUGUACACCACUGAACUCAGAAAUAGACAGUGAACUGGAGUAAAAGAGAAGCUUCAUAACCUAAGCCCAUAUACCCUGCACUGUAUAAAGAAAAAAAGGAAAGUAUUUAACUUGAGAUGAGGAUGCAUCUAAUUUGAAGCAUUGACUACAUGGAAAACAGCAUUAAAAGGUGUCGUCUUGAAAGUGAAAUGUGAUGAGUUGAUAUACAUCAACUUCAUGGCAGUGACAGAGCAAAUGGACACAUUUCUCUAUAUGGAAGAAACAAUCAAGUAUAUAGUGUGUUCAUAAGAAAAAUUAAUUCAAAAUAGGUAAAACAGUGCUGUUAUUUUAAACAGAAGGGGUUUUUGUUUUGUUUUUUACUAUUGCUUGAUUAAUUUGGCAUUUAAAUAGUGGUGAAAAUAUUUUAUAUUACUUUUUCAUUUCUGAUUGUGCAGUUCUUUGCCUACUGUUUCUCUUCAGAUCUACUUUCUGAUCAGUGCAAAUCCUUUGAUACAGAUAUUGUUAGGCCAUUUUAUAAAAAUGAUUGCACAGGGUAAUGCUCCUCUUUGUCUGGAACAUUGAUCAGUGACUUUUUAAAUUGCCAGCUGUCUGCCCUGUGGAGCAGGUGCUGUUUGUUUUCAAUGUUUAUACACCUUGGAGAACAGUCCUUUAUAUGCAUUUUGUAUUCUUUAUGGUCUUUUACUGCACUUACAAUCUUUUAGAAACUUUCUUGCCAAGUUUCAAAGCUGCUAGUGGACAACCAAUGGAUUCCUUUUGUACAUUGAAACAAAAGAUUUGAGCUCACGUCCUAUUGUAAUAUGUAAAUUGAACACAAAAGAGAUCUUGUAUGAUUACCCUAACAUAUUAAAGCUGUAUAUUAAAACUCAAUAAAAAUCACCUUUUUUUUUAGAAAAGCGGCUGUUCA